AUGUCGAGUCCUGUGCGUCGACACCACCCGCGUCCAUCCCACGCCACUGCAACGUGCGUCCAUUGUUUUGCCUCGCCGGCGCUGCGCCCUUCGAGCCAUGCGCUGCCGUACCUCAACGGCCUUCGCUCGUCGACAAGCAACCCCGAUGUCUACUACUUGACUGCGCACGACGCCAGUCCGAGCGAGGACCCCGAGAAGCACUAUGCCGACCAGGCUCACUUGUGCCCAAAACACAACGUCCUCAAGCCCAAGCGCAACGUGAUCGUCAUGCCGAGCCUCGCCCACACGGGUAUCUCGCUCGCGUCCGACCAGUCGGACCGCACCGAGUGGCGCGCUGACUUGCACGCGCUCACAAACGACUUGCAUCGCACGUGGACACCAGCAUCGAUUGUGUGGAGCGAAGACGCGUUGCGCGUCGGCUUCUUCAAGGACGCGGCGCAGGUCAAGCCCAGCGUACACUCGGUGCUGCUGCAAGGACUCAAGCAGACGACGCCGACAGAGACACCCACACCCUGCGUGAGCCUCUCGUCGCCAUACCGGCCCAAACACCUCUAG